CAGAGACAGACAGAGAUCAGAGUAAAGUCAGAGACACACAGUCAUCACAGACUGGUCAGGUUUAAGGUCCUUUCAAACUUUUAAGGAACAUAAACUUUUUCUUGGUGUCAUUUUUCUGCCAAAUAAGAAGAAAAUGUGUGUUUAAUGGUCAUCAGCUGCAGGGGGUCAUUAAAGCGAUCGGACGAUCGACUAACAAGGCGGGUUUCCACUUACCGCCAGCUAAACCGAGGCGUGUGGAGUAAGGAACCUUGCCCGUCGUUUCGCCCUGUUAGUUCUCGUCGCAGACAGGAUGUCCGCUUGCACCAAGGUGGACGAGGCGAAGGAGGACGUUGAUUACUUCAGCGUCCCCAUGGUGGCCCUGAACUUCCACGUCAGGAGGAGGCUGGCCUUGUACCUGAACCCCAGGAGCGUGGUGGCCACCGACUGGACAGGCCUGGCCGAGGAGAUGGGCUUCGAGUACCUGGAGAUCAGGAGCUACGAAAGCCAGGAAAAUCCCACCGGAAAACUGCUCCAGGACUGGGAGGUGAAGAAGCCCUCCUCUGUGGGUCUCCUGCUGCAGCUGCUCAAGAGAAUCCAGCGGGAGGACAUUCUGGAGGACGUCAGCCCGGAUAUUGACGAGAACUGCAGGCGAUACCUGAAUAAACCGCUCCAGGUGGCCGCCGUGGACAGCAGCGGCCCCAGGACUUUGCCAUCCAUGGGGAUCACCACCAAAGACGACCCUACAGGAGCGAUGCCGGAGCUGUUCGAUGCCUUUAUCUGUUACUGUCAGGCCGACAUCGGGUUUGUACAUGAGAUGAUCAGCCAGCUGGAGCAGUCCAGCUCGCACCUCAAGCUCUGCGUCUUCGACCGCGACGUGUUGCCUGGCACCUGUGUGUGGACCAUCGCUGGCGAGCUCAUCGAGAAGAGGUGUAGGCGGAUGGUGGCGGUCAUCUCCGACGACUAUUUGGUUAGCGACGAGUGUGAUUUUCAGACCAAAUUCGCCCUGAGCCUGUGUCCAGGGGCCCGGGACAAGCGUCUGAUACCCGUCAAGUACAAGCCCAUCAAGAAGGAGUUUCCCAGCAUCCUGCGGCACAUCACACUGUGUGACUACACCAACCCCAGCACCAAGUCCUGGUUCUGGAACCGGCUGUCUCGGGCCCUCUCCUUGCCCUGAGGGGCGGAGGGCGCUGAGAGAGGUGAGGGGAGGGGAGAGAAGGGGGAGGCGUAAAGGCAUGGCCUGUGGGGGGGGGAAGGAGAGGUAAACUCGUUGGGUUCUCAACCACGCUGAACUCCGUACCCCCAUCACACCAGACUCCAUUGGCUCCCUGUCACACGACAGAUCCUCGCACUCGUCUAUAAUCCCUUCACUACCUGCUUCAACCUCCCCCCCGUUCCCCACCCGCUGCCUCCGCUCGGCUGGCUCUGGCCUCCUGUUGGUCCCUCGUCCCCCUCCGUUCCACUGUAGGUGGCCGUGCCUUCAGUCACUAAGCCCCCCCCCGAAACUCUGGAACUCUCUCCUAUAGAUACCUGCGCCAAGGUACUCCAGCGGGGAGGUGUGUUUGGUUGGACUCCUAGAGUGGAGGGGAGAGGAGAGGGGUGUCGAAGAGGAUGGGAAAAGUUAUCCCAGAACUCUGCUCCUUGCUCUCCCUCCCGCAAGGCACACUCAUCACUCCCAUCCUCACCAGGCUCUACGCUCCCAUUCUCUAGUCUCUAGCUCGCUCCCCUCAAUCCCAUCUCCACACCAUUGCUGGCCCAGUCCUCAUGUCCACUUUGCCCCACUCUGUACGGACCUUAUCUCUCCAUCAGUGCCUCUGAUCAUUCUCCUUCUCUAUCACAUUUGACUCGCGUUUAGCAGAAGUGUGACGAUUCUGAAAGGCGAGAUAGAAAUGCACAUUAUCAGUUUGCUCUUGUGCGUUUUCAAUCUCCCCCGAGGUCGUGGGUGUGUUUAGAAAUGAACUGUAGGGAGGGGUGUUGUUCUGUUUCGGGACUCGCAUACAUCUCUUACCCUCCCUUGCCCGCACCCUGCAGGGAAAAAUAAUAUCGCCUUCGGUUGGUACACUCCUAACCCCAGGAACUCUCUCCCUCUUUGCCUCCGUCUCGCCCUCUCUCCAUCUGUCUUUAAACCCCAAUUUAAAAUCUACCUCUUUGACUAUGGCUAAGGUCCCCUCUCCUUCAUUGUGAAGUACUGCAAGGUCUUAUCCUAGGUAUGUAAAGGAAAGUUGUUGUUUACGUUAGUAUGUGCCUGAGCUCAGGAUUCCUGGGUCUCCCCAUCCCCAUUCAUUGAAGAAACAGUGAGACCCAGUUUCUGAGGCCAACGAAGACGGUAGCUUUUAUAUGAUAAGCUGCUUUAUCUUGUAAUGAACAGUAAAACCAGAAGACACGACUAAAUUCAGAAUGGAUCUGAGAAACGCUACUUCAGUGAGAGAGUAGUAACCAUAUGGAACAGGCUCCCUUGGGAGACGACAACAACUUGCACUUAUAUAGCGCCCUCCACUCAGGGUAGCAUCUCAGAGCAUACGGUUGGAAACAGAAAAUGUCGUUGGUUUCAAGAUCUAAUUGGAUAGAUUUCUGCUAGAAAAUAAUAUCUGGGGACACCGUGAAUAAUUUGGGGCGCGACAUGUCAAGCGACUGCCAGGAUGGACCUUGGUCUUCUUUCGGCAGCAAAUUCUUAUGUUCUCUCUCCCAGACGCUACUGUGCUAGUUUGAAGGGCGCUAUCUAAAUGCAAGUUGUUGUUGAGUUGUUGUUGAGUCUCAACGGUGUAACGUUUCUUCCAACAAACGGGACUGAGAGACUCUGGAAGUCCGGUGUUGGUGGAAUCAUUUUACAAAAAAAAGCACAUAAAAAGACCUUAUAUUUUUC